AUGCAAGAAGCGGCAGCAUUCCAAAUGCCUCUUCAGCUGAGGCAGCUUUUUGUCGACAUUUGCCUGUUCUGCAAUCCCUCCGACGCUCUGCAUCUAUUUGAAAUCAACCUGAACCAUCAGAUGGAAGACUACAUUAGAAGCGGACACGAAGCAAACGUGGCCAAGAACUUGACGUUGAAAUGGAUUCAGGACAAGCUACGUCUCCACAACCAGACGAUGGAAGAUCUCUCCUUGCCUGUCCCGGAUUUCCAUCUGAUUAACCAACUGGUCGAAGCUCAGAUGGAAGAGAACAACGAAAACAGUCAAAGAGAAAAGAGACUGAUGGGCGAAAUGAUGUUGGCGCAACUCAACGACGGGCAACGCGCGGCCUUUGAUCAAGUCAUGACUGCUGUCAACGAUGUCAACAACUCACAUCCGAGGCAGUAUUUCCUGGACGGCUCUGGAGGAACGGGAAAGACCUUUCUCUACAACACCCUCAUCACCGUCCUCCAAGGCCAAGGGAGACGAGUCAUCGCAGUGGCUUCCACGGGGAUCGCGUCCACUUUGUUACUGGGAACAACUUACCAUUCGCAGUUCAAGAUUUAUCCUCCAAUAACAGAGACGACACGAUCGAAAAUCGAAGAAGCUAGCUACAACGCGCAACUGAUCAGAAACGCCAGUCUCAUAAUUUCCGACGAAGCCACCAUGAAGACCAACCACGCCCUCGACGCGAUCAAUCAUCUUUUCCAAACUGUCAUGAAGAAUCGCGUCGAUCCCUACGGUGGCAAAUUCCUCUUGCUCGGCGGCGAUUUUAGACAGUGCUUGCCAGUUGUGAGACACGGAAACAGGGUCAAAAUCAUCGAAGCGACCAUCACCAAUAACGCGACUUGGCCUCUUUUUCGACAGCUUCGAUUGGUGCAAAACAUGCGCACCGUCGAUGAUCUCAUCGAAAUCCCGCAAGACCUUCUCAACAUUCGAACUAACUUAAUCGAACACGUUUUUGGCGAUCCAUCGGAUUUCUUAAACGAAGGCGUCAGAGAACAAGUUUGUAACCGGGCUAUUCUAUGUCCCAAGAAUGAAGACUGUCUUAGGAUCAACAACAAGAUCAUUGGCGAGAUGCCUGGCGUGUUGAAAGUCUGCAAAAGUAUCGACACUAUCGAUUCAGAGGACCCAGAGGAAAUUUCCAACUACCCUCCGGAAAUUUUAAAUACCUUCAACGUCUCCGGGCUACCUCCGCACCAACUCAAACUGAAAAUAGGAGCCAUCGUCAUUCUUCUCAAGAACAUUGACUCGCGACAGGGACUUUUCAACGGCACGAGGCUCAUCAUCAAGGCCCUCAGCGGUAACCUGAUUGUGGCAGAGAUCGCGGCCGGGAAACACAAAGGACACAACGUCUUCCUUCCGCGGAUGUCCAUGUCUCCCACCGACUCUGACUUGCCCUUCAAACUCAAAAGAUUGCAGUUUCCUGUGCUUGUGGCUUUCGCUAUGACCAUCAACAAGUCACAGGGACAGACUUUUGAGCGAGUAGGCAUCUACCUUCCGGAAUCCGUUUUCAGCCACGGCCAACUAUACGUCGCUUUCUCGCGUGCAACAUCCAGAGAAGGUGUCAAGGUUCAGUGCGAAGAAACAGAGGAACAGGGCAAGCUACGGGAAUAUUCCACAAUCAACGGAACAAGAUAA